AGUCACAGGCUGAUUACCAAAGAAAAAAGCGCGAAUGGAAUUGGCCAACUGAUUAACGGCAUUUAUUAUUCAAAUUUGUUGUUGCAUCUUCUUAUAAGUGUUAAUAGAUUUUAUUCUGUUGCACUUCCACUAAAAUAUGGAACCAUUUUUGAUCGAAAAAAAACGAAAAUUAUGGUGUUCUUUAUCAUAACAACUGCAGUCGGUUUUUUUAUGGGCUCUCAAUUUUAUCCAGGAUGUUCAUAUGUCUUUGAUAUAACUUUUUAUACGUGGAGCUAUGGCGAGUCGGAAUGUGGGCAAUUUUUCGCUGGUUUUGAAUUCUAUUUCCAUAUCACUCUAUUAAUUAUUGUUGUCGCUAUCGAUAUUAUUACAUUUCGUAAGUUGUUAGCCAAAAAGGUUCGAUUUUUUUUUACAAUUUUUAAUUUUCAAGAAAGUUUUGCAUAA